CGCCAUUUCAUUUGGCAACAACAACUACAGUUUUUUAGCAGUUCUCAGCGGCAAGAUGGCGGAGGAUAGUCGAAGCCGCUCAAUUGGCCAAUAUCCACCUCUUCCUUCUGUCCUGACACAAAAUUCGUCCGCAACACAAGGAGCUGCAUCAUCUGCAAUGGCAUCCUCGGCUGACAGUGGCGACAUCAAACCAGUUUUAAGUUACGAUGCCGAUGGCAAAAGUAGUGAAGAAACUCAAGGCAUGGCUGGACACAAUUUGACAGAGUUUCUUAGCCAGUUGGAAGAUUAUACUCCCACGAUUCCAGAUGCAGUGACGGUGCAUUAUCUACAGAGAUCAGGAUUCGAGGCCACUGACCCAAGGAUCGUUCGAUUGGCAUCUUUAGCAGCACAGAAGUUUGUAUCAGACAUUGCACAUGAUGCUUUACAGCACUGCAAAAUGCGUGGGUCUGGACAAAACUCAAGAAAAUCAGGAAAGGACAAAAGGUACACACUAACAAUGGAAGAUCUGAUACCUGCACUUGCUGAGUAUGGAAUAAAUGUUAAGAAACCACCAUACUUUUACUGAUAUUAAAGGAUUUGUGUCACAAAAGAACAUUGUUUUUCCAAUGAGCUAUCAAAUUCCUUUGACAGGUGUAACUGGCCUACAUUAAUCCCUUUGACAAAUGCAAAUAUUGUUGUGUUGUGUUGUGGAUAUGGGGAAGUGUCUUUAUAUCAAUUAACAUUUUAUCAAGAACCUGCAUCCUAGUGGAUGAGUGUCCAACUUAAUAAAGUACAUUUGGAAUAAAUUGUGUUAUGAAUUGUCUUUAUUAGAAAGUUGGAUCAUUAUGUAUGUGCAGACAUUAAUCUGUAGAUUUAGUUCAAACAUAUUUAGUUUGUUUUAUUUAUAUGCUGACAAAUGCUUACUUAAGGUAAAGAGGUAUAGCAAAAACUCCCAUAAACACUUUUGGAUUAUUUUGUCCUGCCAGCUUUACAAAACGUUUUGGCUAUUUUCCAAUAUAUACUAGGUUCCAUUACUUUAUAUUCUGUAUCAGUUAUAGCAAGUAUACUAAAUGCUACUAUGUACAUGAUAGAUUGAGUAUUAAUGAAAAGUAUACAAGAUGCUUGGAAAA